AGCUUUCUCUCACACCUCCAUAACACGUCUCCGCUCGUCCAUCUCUCGCUAACCACCACACCCCCGUCAACACAACAGACACCAUGUCCGCCGACAACAAGCUGAUCUUCCUGGAGAAGGCCGCCGUCUUUGGGUCGGGUGCCUUCGGCACUGCCCUCGCCAUGGUUCUCUCCAAGAAGUGCAAGCAGGUCAACGUGUGGCACAUGAACCAGAAGGAGGCCGCCCUCGUCAACGAGAAGCACGAGAACGUGCUCUUCCUCAAGGGCGUCCCCCUCGCCAAGAACGUCAAGUUCACCGCCGACGUGGACGAGACCUACAAGGGUGCCGGCGCGAUCCUCUUCGUGAUCCCCACGCAGUUCAUGCGCGGCUUCCUGAAGGCGCACGGGGCGAAGCUGCUGUCGUACGUCAAGGCGAACAAGGUGCCCGUGGUGGUGUGCUCCAAGGGCAUCGAGCGCUCGUCCCUCCUCUUCCCGGAGCAGAUCCUCAGCGAGUUCUUCCCCGGCGUCUCCCUCUCCGUGCUGGCCGGUCCCAGCUUCGCGGCGGAGGUGGCACGCGGCGUGUUCACCUGCGUCAGCGUGUGCAACCGCAACAUCGACGAGGCGCGCCAGCUGCAGCGCAUCAUGACCACGGCCGACCACAGCUUCCUGUGCUUCGCCACCACCGACACGGCGGGCUCGGAGGUGGCCAGCGCCAUGAAGAACGUGCUCGCCAUCGGCUCCGGCAUUGCCUCCGGUCUCGGCAUGGGGCUUGACGCCCGCGCCGCCCUGAUCGCCCGCGGUCUGCUGGAGAUCCGCGACGUGACGAAGGCGCUGGGCGGCGACGGCGCCGCCGUGUUCGGCCUCCCCGGCCUCGGCGACCUGCUGCUGACCUGCUCGUCGGAGCUGUCGCGCAACUUCACCGUGGGCAAGCGGCUCGGCCAGGGCGAGACCCUGGACCACAUCCAGAAGACCAGCAAGGCGGUCGCCGAGGGCGUCUUCACGGCGGACCCGCUGAUGCGCCUUGCGGCGAAGCUGAAGGUGGAGCUGCCCAUCUGCUCCCUCAUCCACCGCGUCGUGGCUGGCCAACUGACGCCGCGCGACGCCGUGACACAGCUGAUCUCCCGCGACGUCCGCGACGAGGGCCUGCCGAAGCUCUUCAACUUCCACAAGACCACCUCCAGCCUGUAGUCCGCGUGGCGGCCGAGUAACUGUCGUGGUGUGGCCCACGAGACGCGCACCUGGUCGAGCAGCAGUGUUUGCGAGGCACGUGCCGUGUCGGGUGAGGGGGCCAUGACGGGAGGAGAGGUCGGACAGCUCGCUUCCCCCGGCUCUCGUGGGCCACCGCCACUCUAACUAGUAACGUAUUAGGCUCUCGUUUUGUUUUGAUUUCUUUUCUCCCGCCUCGCGUUCUCUUUGUGCGGUCACUGGGGCGUCGCAGCGGGGCUGUGCGUCCCGUGCUGCGACGGCGGGCGUCUUCCUCGCCCUCCGCCCCCCACUCGGCGGCUCCUUUGACCAACCCAAGAGACACGCGCCGCGGGCCUCAAAAUCGGCGCGUUGCGCACCGUGCCCGGCUUCCUCACGCCUCUCCGUGACGCCCGCAGCCGCUCACGCUUCACAAAGUUACUGGUUCGACCGGCACGUCACGGUGCAGCGCGUGAGGCAGAGCCGCCACGUACGGCGCAAAGCGCACAUGCUGGUGCAAAAAUUAAACAUCUUUCUUCCUUCUUGUUUCCGUCACACAUCUGUAAAUGCUGAGCAGUCGUUCGUUUCCUCGAUACACGCACACACGCAAGCACGCACGUACGCCCACUACGCCCCCGACAAGCGACUCGUCUGUGCUUCGUCUCUCACGUUUCCUUGUUUCGUUUAUUGUCCUUCACUCCCCGCGCCGCGGCUUCGUGCCACGCAAACGCUCCGGGAGGCGGCGGCGGUGCCUGUUGUGGGACGUCUGCGCAGCUGUGGACAGUUUUUCGCUUCAAAACCACUCAAAAUGUUCUCGCCCGUUCGUUAUAUUACUCCUACCAGUAACGGUGUCGCGGUCUGUGCCCUUCCGUCGUGGUGUUUUUUGCGUGCGUCCCUAUACGGUUUCCAACGCAGUCGAAGUGCCGUGAGCGCGACUGUUGUGUUUUCCACCUCCGUUCCGUAUGUGUUCCCGCUCCCUCCCUCUCUCGGGGAGGCUGCGCACCUUC